AUGAGUAAACGAGAAAACAAAAAUGUACUGUCAAAUUAUUUUUCUAAACUUCCAAAGACUGAUAAUGUUCCUAUUCUUCUACCACAAAUAGACACGCCAGAGCCAUCAUGUAGUCAUUCACCCACAUAUUUGCAAACAAACGAAAAUAAUAUAUUAAAAUCGGACGCGGAGCAAAUAGUUGAAGACAACGAUAUUGGCUACUGUUUAGGUAAAAAUUUUCAAUUAGGAUGGACUAAGCGUUUUCCUUGGGUUGUUUAUUCGAGAAUUGGUGAACAAGGUGCAGUUUGUAAAUAUUGUGCGAUAUUUGGUCGCGAAUUCGGUGGCAAAGGCAGUCAUCAGAAACUUAAUACAUUAGUUGUAAAGCCUUUUAAUAACUGGAAAAAAGCGAUUGAGAAAUUUAAUGAACAUAGUAAAACUGAAUUUCACAAAUCUAAUGCUAUGCGCGCAGAUAAUUUUGUAGCUGUUUAUUUCAAAAACUGUCAAAAUAUUAUUCAAAAAUUAGAUUCAGCGCGUGCUAUUCAAAUUGAUCAAAAUAGAAAGAGAUUAAUUCCUAUUAUUCAAACAAUUAUUAUUUGUGGGCGUCAAGAAAUAGCUUUACGCGGUACUAGCGAUUACGGACCUCUCUCUAUAGACAAUUCUGAACCUACUUACAAUGAUGGUAACUUCCGAGCAUUAUUGAGAAUCAAGCGUUAA